AUGGGUAAACACGACAAGAAGACAGGUAAGGGUCGUUUAGAUAAGUUCUACCGGCUCGCCAAAGAGCAAGGUUAUAGAGCUCGUUCCGCUUUCAAGCUGGUUCACUUGAACAGGAAAUAUGAUUUAUUAUCAAAAUCAAAAUGUGUGAUCGAUUUAUGUGCUGCCCCAGGAGGUUGGCUUCAAGUAGCAGAAAAAUAUAUGCCAAAAGGAUCAUUGAUCAUCGGAGUAGAUUUAAACGCUAUCAAACCAUUACCACAUGUGACGACUUUCGUAUCUGAUAUAACGACACCACAUUGUCGACAAAUGUUAAAACAACACAUGCACGAUUGGAAAGCUGAUCUAGUAAUGCAUGAUGGUGCGCCAAACGUCGGUUCUGCUUGGGUUCAAGAUGCUUUCACACAAAAUGAAUUGGUGUUACAAUCGUUAAAAUUAGCAACUGAAUUUUUGAUCAAAGGUGGUAAUUUCGUUACAAAAGUUUUCAGAUCUCAAGAUUAUAACUCUUUGAUGUGGGUCUUUGGUCAAUUAUUCAAAUCGGUUGAAGCUACCAAACCUCCUUCUUCAAGAAACGUCUCCGCGGAAAUUUUCGUAGUUUGUCGAGACUUCAUAGCACCUAAACAUAUCGAUCCUAAAUUCCUAGAUCCCAAACAUGUCUUCAAAGAUUACGCUUCUCUCCCUGCGUCCAUUAUCGAACCUCCUGUGACCAAUCCGGAUGGUACUACUGUGGCUGCCACUCAAGGAUCCACCUCUUCAGCUGCUGCUGCAGCAGCCCGAUUAGCUGCGAACUCACAUGCUCAUUCCAAUGUGUUUGCCCCCGAGAAGAAGAGAAGGCAUAGAGAAGGUUAUGCAGAUGGCGAUCACACUUUAUAUCAUACUGCUCCAGCAAGUGAUUUCGUCAAAGGAAUGGAUCCGGUUAUAGUACUUGGUGGAAUGAAUAGGAUAACGUUUGAAUCAGAGGAGGAGAAACAAUGGCUCAAAUCUCGUCAUACUACUUCUGACGUUAUAGCAAACUUCGAGGAUUUGAAAGUUCUCGGUAAAGGUGACUUCAAAGCGUUGAUGAAGUGGCGUUUGGCUAUCCGACUGGAAAUUGGAUUGGACGUAAAGGCAGAUCCUACAGCAGAUGCUACCGAGGAUAUUGAUGUGGAACCUAUUGACGAAGAAGAACAAAUCACCGAAGACCUUAAAAAAUUGCAAGAGGCUAAAUCAGCCAAAACCAAACGAGAACGUAAACGAGCAAAUGAGAAGAAAGCCAAAGAUCAGCUCAAGAUUCAAUUGAAUAUGACUGCGCCUGAAGAUCUCGACACGAAUGAUUUGGCCUUGAAAGGUGAAGAAGAGAUAUUCGAUUUGGAAGAAGGUGAAGCAGAAGCUAAACGACAAGGAAAAUCAUCCAAGAGAUCACUGAGAGAUAUCGUUCAAGACGCAGAUGGAAUGGAUGAAUCGUCUUCCGAAGAAGAAAAUGACGAUGAUGAAGAAGAUGAGGAAAUCUUGGAUUCAGAUGAAGAAAAAGAAAUGAAAACUGCAAUGUUGGAAGGUGAAUUGGAUGGAUUAUAUGAGACUUAUAAGGAGAGAAUGCAAGAGAGAGAUGCGAAAUGGAAAGUGAAGAAUGAACGAAAUAAAGAUAAGAACUUCGAUGCUUGGCAUGGUAUAAAAGAGAAGAAUUCAGAUGAUGAAGGGGAAGACAAUCAUUCUGAACCUGAAAGUGAAGGUGGAUGGGAUCUACUACAAGGUAAAAAGGCAAAUGAUCAAGAUUCAGAUUCAGAUUCAGAUUCAGAGUCAGAUUCAGACGUUGACGCCGAAGAAGAUGAGGACCAAGAUAUGGAACAAGUUUCCAAACCUAAGAAAGCUAAGAAAAGUGUUCAAUUCGAUCAACCUAGAAAGAACACUUCAUUGGUGACUUCGUUGCAGGAAACUGAGAAAAGAGCUCAAAUGAGUAGACAAGCUCAAUUGUGGUUUGAUCAAUCUGUCUUCAAAGGUGUAGGAGAUCUAGCGGCCCUUGAUGGUGACGACGAGGAAGAAGACGAGGAGGAGGAAGAGGAGGAGGUUGAAAGUCAAGCCGAGACCGAAGUGGCAGAUGAAGAUGAAGAUGAAGAUGAAGACGCAGAUGAGGAUAUCGAGAUGGAGACGGAAGAUGAGGAGGAAGGCAGCAGUACUUUGCAAGACGAGCAGGACGAUGACGAGUUCGAGAUCGUUCCGCAAGACCAGGAUGAUGAUGGUACUGGAUGGGAUGUAGAUGAUGAAGAUCAGGAUGAGGUGAAGAAGAAGAUUAUCAAGGAUAAGGGUCUGCUCACCGCUGAAGCAGUGACUCUCGCUACAUCUUUAGUGAAUCGACAAAUAACGGCAUCUCAAUUGAUCGAUCAAGGGUUUAACAAACUUUCAGCAUUCAACAAAGAUGGAUUACCAUCUUGGUUCUUGGAUGAUGAAUCCAAAUACUACAAACCUAAUAUACCUAUAACUAAAGAGGCUGUCGAAGCUUUGAAAGCCCGACAAAGAGCCUUGGACGCCAGACCAAUCAAGAAAGUGGCAGAAGCAAAAGCUAGAAAGAAGUUCAAGGCUGUUCAAAGGAUGGAUAAAGCUAAAAAGAAGGCUGAUGACGUUAUGGGUUCAGAAGAAAUGGGUGAUGGUGAAAAAGCAAGAUCAGUAAGAAGAAUGUUAGCUAAAGCUGCAAGAGGUAAACAAAAGGCUGCUGAAAAGAAGAUCGUCGUUGCAAAAGGUGUCAACAGAGGUGUUAAGGGUAGACCAACAGGUGUUAAAGGGAAAUAUAAGAUUGUUGAUUCAAGAAUGAGGAAAGAGGUUCGGGCGUUGAAACGUAUUAAGAAAGCGAACAAGAAGCGAUAG